UAUGAAAUAGGCGUUGAAGGUCUUUGAAUGAGAAAAGCGAGGGACUUGGUGAAAAGCGUACCGCGCAGCUUCUCUACUGCUCGCACCCCAACUCCGGCGCAAAUGGAUCCAUCAGACCGCUACUGCUACAAUCCCGUCUUGCGCUGGAACCCUCAGGUGGAAGCCUACUUCUCCAAGGCAUACGGUCCUCACCAUUUCUCUCGCAUCACUCAAGCCCUAGCGCGUCCAUCUUGCUACUCUUGUAUCCGUGUGAAUACACUCAAAUCAACAAGUGAUGCUGUUAUUGAGAAGCUAUUGGCAAUUAUACAGGAAACAGAGCUUGGUAACACUGUUGAUGGCAUGCAUUUAAGUGAAAGUAAUGCCACUGCCAAAAUUGAUAUGGGAGGGAAUUUAAAAAGCUCUCUGAGAGAAUAUAAUAGUCACCUGAAUUUGGAUGAGCAAAAGAAGGUUGCCUUUGGAAACUUUGAACAGUUGGAUUCUCAGAAGAAAAGCUUGGAAACUGGUUCAAUUUCUAAGUGCCAGUUACCCGGGCUAGACUAUGUUGUCUUUGUCAGAGGUUCAGGACCACACACAAUUGAAUAUGGCUAUGAAAUUGAUAGACCUCCAAAGGAGGUUAUUGUGAGUCGUAAAUGUGCUGAGGCAGUUCUUCGAGGGGCUCAGGUAUAUGUCCCUGGUGUAUUGGCUUGCAGUUCUCAUGUUGAGAAAGGGGAUGUAGUUGCAGUUUCAGUUGCUGUGGAGCAGCCUGGUACUGAUGGUGGAUGGGGUGUUGGUAUAACACGUGGGACUGUUCUACAGGGUCAGCAGACAGAUCCUUAUCAUUUUGAACGAAAUGCCCUUUAUAUUGGCCAAGGGGCCACAAUGAUGUCAAGGGCUGGGAUCUUCCGUGCUUCAGGAGGAAUUGCUGUGGAUAUGAAUAAUAGAGUAUUUAAACUGCCUUCCUUUCAUGAUGUGCUUGAAGGGGAAAUAUUUCUUCAAAACCUGCCAAGCAUUGUCACUGCACAUGCCCUAGAUCCUCAACAGGAUGAGAGGAUAUUGGACAUGUGUGCAGCCCCAGGAGGGAAAACUACUGCAAUUGCUAUCCUUAUGAAGGAUCAAGGGGAGGUUAUUGCAGUUGAUAGAUCUCACAACAAGGUGAUGGAUAUUCAGAAAUUGGCUGCUGAGAUGGGCUUGCAUUGUAUAACCACAUAUAAACUAGAUGCUCUUAAAGCUGUUUGUCGAAGCAAUGAAUCCAAUGAUAUGACCACUCCAUCUUGCAGAAAGGAUGCUGAGGGUGUAACUCUUCAAAGUUCAGACUCUCCAAGACUACAGAUGGAAAAAAAUCAAUGCAGUACAGAAGCAUUCGCUGCUGAUUUUGCUUGCCAGGAAAAUGUUAUAAAUGGAGAAGGGAAUCAAAGAACUUACACUAGCAAAGCUGAUAUCAGGAAGAAUAUUCGUCGAAUGAGAAAUGGGCCAGGAAGAAAUCAAGGCAUGGGUGGUAGGGUUGAAAAAUCAAAAGGUUUUUCACCUAAUAGUUUUGAUCGAGUCCUCCUUGAUGCCCCCUGUUCUGCCCUUGGCUUGAGACCUAGACUUUUCGCUGGCGAGGAGACUAUAGAAUCAUUAAGGAACCAUGCAAAGUACCAGAGGAGGAUGUUUGAUCAGGCUGUUCAGCUAGUUCGCCCUGGUGGAGUCAUUGUGUAUUCCACUUGUACAAUAAACCCUGGUGAGAAUGAAGCGCUGGUUCGAUAUGCUCUCGACACAUACAAGUUCCUCUCAUUGGCAUCACAGCAUCCAAGAGCUGGAGGACCUGGCCUUGUUGGUUGUUUUCAAUUUUCUGAUGGGUAUACUGAGGAGUGGUUGAGACCUGGUGAGGAAGAACUCGUUCAGAGGUUUGAUCCAUCAUCCCCGCUUGAUACAAUAGGGUUUUUCAUUGCCAAGUUCAAUGUUGGCCCCAAAGACGCCUGACUUCUCUUCAGAAAGUCUAUAGCUUGGGAAAUGGCUACAUAAAAUGGUUUUCGGUCGCCAUGCAUCUACCCUGCAAAGAGCAAAGAUGGAAAUUGUGGAGGAAAUAUCAUCACCAUUCCUUCUGCUUAACAAGAUCUGGUUGGAAUUCAACUUUUUAGAAUGCUGGAUAAAAAGCAAUUGUCAUUAUUUAUCUCAAGGAGACCACACCUUCACAUCUGGUUGUAGUCUACAGAGUCCAUUGUAUGCAAUUGCGUGCAUUAGGCAGGAAAGCAGAGCAUGACCUGUACCACCAUGGCGAGCAGUCUGCUUGAUUUCUUGUAUCAGUUUUGGUCGAUCCUGCCAUUUCUGGAUAGAUUUUGGCAAACUAAAUUCGAGUAUAAUGAUAGUUGUAAACUUGGCACCUGCUGGAAGCAUGGUCAGUAGAUUUUUGAAGCUAGGCACACAGGAUUGAGUGUUUUCUAUGGUCUGAUAGCUGUAAGCUUUAUGAUGCCAUCCUUUCUGUUUAGAUCUUUGAUGCAUGUUUUUGCCUAUCAUGUUCAGGCCUGAUAGCUACAAUAUCGAAUUCUUUGCUUUCUAAUUUCUAAAGAAUUAAGGUUGCAUUCA